AUGCCACAAGAUGAAACUCCUUCAAUAUUAUUCUUCGAUGUCUUGGGGACAAUUGUGGAAUGGAGAUGUUGCAUCACAAACGAACUGAAUGCUGCCGCAAGAAGGGCUAUGCAAGACAAUAUUCGAGAUCUAAGUAUCGAUGUGCGAGCGCGUGUCUCUGAUAUGUCCACCUCGGAUUGGAAGGAAAUCGCCGAGGAGUGGCAUCGUGCAUAUAUGGACUUCGGAAACACGUACGACAUAUCUAAGCCCUUUGUCUCGGUAGAUGAAUACAACCGAAUUUCUUUGGAAAAGAUUCUCACCAAACGGCUUAUUCGGGGUUUAUUUGAUGAGGAAGAUCUUGAGGAUUUGACACUGGCUUGGCAUCGACUUGACGCAUACUCCGAUGGUGUGCCAGGCCUUUCGUUGCUGGGCACCGAAUUUGUGACAUCUACAUUAUCCAAUGGUAAUGUCAAACUUCUCGAAGAACUACAAGCGCAUAAUUCUCUGCCUUUCAAGCACAUCACCAGCGCGGAGCAUUUUGGUGCCUAUAAGCCGUCGCCAGAGGUUUAUAAUGCUGCGGCACGAAGAUUUGGUUUCAGAAAUUCGCAAUGUUGUCUCGUCGCAGCCCAUCUUGAGGACUUGUAUGCCGCUAAGCGAUGCGGGUUUCAGACAAUAUACCUCGAGAGACAUUUGGAAGAAACUUGGGAUAGUAAAGACAUUACGCAAGCCAGAGAACGGGGGAUUGUCGAUCUUUGGAUCGAAUUUGGAGGCUCAGGUCUUAUUGAAGUUGCUCGAUAUUUUGGAAUAGAAAGUUGA